CCCGGGCCGUUGCCCGAAGCUUCGUGAAGAUUCCGGCAGGCCCGGCCCGGCCCUUUCCGCCGCGGGACUGCCCCGCCCCGGAGCUGCUGCCCGGCUUCCUUCCUUCCUUCCCUCUUCCUUCCGCCGGGCUCCGCUCUCCCGUGCGGCGGCCAAGGGGUGCCGGGGCCAUGUCGCUGCUGUGCUACAACCGGGGCUGCGGGCAGCGCUUCGACCCCGAGAACAACACGGAGGGUUCAUGCACAUACCAUCCAGGUGUGCCUGUUUUUCAUGAUGCUCUGAAAGGCUGGUCAUGUUGUAAGAGGAGAACAACAGACUUUUCUGACUUCUUAAGCAUUGCGGGCUGCACAAAGGGUCUCCAUAACAGCGAGAAACCUCCUGAACCUGUUAAACCAGAAGUCAAAACUACCUCUGAACGAAAGGAGCUAGCUGAACUGAAACCCAAAUUUCAAGAACACAUAAUUCAGGCACCAAAACCAUUGGAAACAAUUAAGAGGCCAAGCCCAGAUGAGCCAAUGACAAAUCUGCAGCUGAAAGUGUCAGCUUCCUUGAAGCAAGCUCUCGAUAAACUGAAACUGUCAUCAGAAAACGAAGGGAGAAAAGAUGAAGAUAGUGAUGAAAUCAAGAUUGGGACGGCAUGUAAAAAUGCAGGCUGUUCGAAAACAUACGAAGGACCACACAGCGCAGAAGAAGUAUGUAUAUACCAUUCUGGUGUACCUAUAUUCCAUGAAGGGAUGAAGUAUUGGAGCUGUUGUAAAAGAAAAACUUCUGACUUCAAUACGUUCUUAGCUCAAGAAGGCUGCACAAGAGGAACACACGUAUGGACUAAAAAGGAUGCAGGUACAAAAGUAGUUCCAUGCAGACAUGAUUGGCACCAGACUGGAGGAGAAGUGACUAUUUCUGUAUAUGCUAAAAACUCUGUCCCUGAUCUGAGCUACGUAGAAGCUAAUAGCACAAUGGUAAAUAUCCAUAUUGUAUUUGAAGGAGAAAAGGAGUUUCAUCGCAGCGUGAAAUUAUGGGGAGUGAUCGAUGUAAAGAGGAGUUACGUGAACAUGACUGCUACAAAGAUCGAGCUCACUAUGAGAAAAGCAGAGCCCCUGCUAUGGGCAAGUCUGGAGUUACCAGUAUCCAACACACAACCAAAACAGGAGAGUUCAGAUAAAUAACAAUUUCAAGAGACAACUUAUUUCCCAUGAUGAAGUGGUGACUUGCUACUGUAAUCAAAUAUUUAACUUUUAUAUUGAUUCCUUUUUUUUUUUUUUUUUUUUUUUAAUGCUAGUUCAUCUGUUCCCUUCUAGAAAGAAAUUUGACGCACAGUAAAUGGGGGUAUAAACUUGAAAGGGUUACAGUUAUUUCUGCUCUUGCUCCCAUGGGUGUGUUUGUGCUAGAUGAAAUGUCUCCAUGGGAAUUUAGAGUAAAACAGCUAUUGCCCUUUGCUUGCAACCUUCCCUGCCGUGCACUGACUAUCCCAGUAGAUGUGCUCUCUGUUCACAGUGGGUGUCUUUGUUUUUCAGCUGUUCUGUUUAGACUGGAUGCAUUUGGUAACCUGUGUUAAAUUCAACACUGUUAUGAAGCAUACAGUAAUGCAGAUAGAAAAAUCUGAGUUUGAACUGAUUAGCAUGCAGUUCCACAUCUAGAGUAAAAUGUUGCAUAAAGAGAAAUAUGAAGUUGUGCACAUGUAGACUUCCGUGUUCUGAAACGAAAGUCUGUUUCAAUACCUGUUGGCUAUAGAGGGAUGAAAUGAAUAGUAUUCCAAGGAUUUCAGUACAUGCUGAUUCCUGCUGUCUUUCAUGUAUCAAAGCAGAUCAGGUUAAAAUUUUAAAAAAAGGUGGCAAGAAGGGAAUUUUUUUACUGCUUUACAUUUGCUAUUUGAAUAGUUAAAUACAAAAGCAAAUGGACAGCAAAAUGGUUGUAUAAAUUAGCAUUUCAGCUCUGAAGAGUAUGCAAACAGCAAACUAUUGUAAAAUUACCAAAGUGCUGUAUAUAUUUGACAGCCUUUAGAAUGUAUAGUCUGUCCUAUUUUACAAAAUUGAAAAUCUCAAGACUCUUCUCAAAGUAGGUGGAUAUGUGUAGUAGGAGAAGCCAGGGCAUACUGCAGGUGUCUUGGUAAAACAAUUUUCACAUAGAUGUGUGUAUCUCUUGACUCUGAUGGUCAUCUAAGACCUGUAGUUAUAUACAGGACAAAUCUUCGGAGAAACAACAUGCUUUGAAAUGUCUGUCUCAAAUUGUAAUUGUACCUUUGAAUCAAAAUACUUUAAAAGGAUACUGUGUCUUUGCAAGAGACUGUAAUUAGAAAUCAAGACCUUAGUUUUGUUUUCAGACCAUCGGUAAAGGUAUGUGGCUAAAAAUAGGAUAGCUGUAAAAAUGAGAUUUUUUAUCUUUUAUCCAAGCAGCAGCACACAGAGUAAUGUUGCUUUCUAUUUUUGCUUGGAGUAGUUUCUUAAUUUUGGCUUGCAGCUGAAAUAAAAAUGUUUUCAUAUAAAAGUAAUAAAAAAUGCACACCGUUAUUGAUUGUGCCUAAUCCUAUAUAUGUAAACAAGGUCUUGUUUGAAUGAGGUGAAAAGAGAACCAUGUUAAAAUGCAAGGAUGCUCAGCUGCCAGCCUUGGCAGAACUGGAGUAGUGUCAGGAGAAGCACAGGGUGUAGUAAAGGCAUUCUGAAGUGAAAUAGAGAUUUCUAAGAAUCUUGCUGUUUUCCGAUAGGUAUGAUUUGACUUGAGCUCAGACUUCUGUCUCUAACAGUACUUGAAGUCCUACUUCAUGCUGAAAGUAAUAGGAAAUACAGUACCAAAGAAACCAUCCCUGAACACCAAGAAAGUAACACUGGUGAUACAAACAUAUAUAUGUAUACAUAUAUAAAAUUGUUUUGGUGCUUCUCUACCUUCAUUUUAAGAUCCUUUGUCCUUGAUUACUUAGUUUGAGCAUGAUUGUAUACUCCCUUGGGCCCUUCUAAAAAUUUUCAGCUCUUAAGUUCCACUGUAUAGAUUCUGUUAACUUCUAAUAAUGCCUUUCUUUUCCUUUUUAAAUUUGAAAAUAUCAAGUACUGUAAAGUGAUAGAGUACAAGCUUAUAAAACGUGUGCCUGUCACGUGGUCCUCUGAAAACUGAACAGAUGUUCUUUGUGUUCUGAACCAACAAGUGGAGUACUUAUUAGUAUGACACUGAGAACAUUAGUGGAUUAAAAAUUUCUAGAUAGCUGUAGCUACUAGCAUGCCAUCUGUGUUUGUGUGUGCAGAACUCUGAACUUGGACAGCAAAAUUAGUAGUGCUUAAAUGCCAGGAUAAAGUUCUUGUUUAACAAGCAAGUUCAAAUGUGUCUAUCCAUAUGGAUAUAUGUCUAAAAACUGUGGAAAACAUAUAUUCACUCAAUUUGCAUCCUCAUGUGCAGGAGGUUUACAUAAUGUAAAAUCCAUUUUAAGGAACUACAUGGAAAAUGGAAUUCCUUUGAAAACAGAAUUUCUGUUUUUAAAUAAGUCGUCUUUUGCCUUAGUGCACUAAACCCUAAAUGGAGAGAAACGUGGAUGAAGGGGCCAUCUGUGUGAAUGAUGCAGGCUUUGGGAUCCUGUUACUACUCGUUACACUCUUUCAAGCUGUGUUCUGCUCGUAGCUUUGUCACCUUGGCCAGAAGUUGGGAGAAAGCUCCUGUAAACAUAGUCCCCAGUUUUGCUUUUACUUUUUAGUCAUUCUUCCUGCUUUUCUGUUCAUACUUUCAGCACAAAACUAAAGAUACUUCAGGUGUUCUAUAAUGACUCUCCCCAUCAGUGGCAAUACAACUACUUUUAAAACUUACCUAUUUUAAAAAGCAAGAAAACAACCCAUAAAAAUGCCACCAGCUUUGGUCAGGCAAGAAUAUAUAGAUUUUGCUAUAACAGCAUAGUUUCUGUGGCCUGGGAUGCUUUUCAAAAUAAAAAGAUAAACCUUCAGAUGGCCUAGACUGCCAUAAACCGUCUGUUUAACCGCAGUAAUUCUUAGCAGUUUUUUAUAACCAUAUGUCUGCGUCUAUCCUGAAGCUGCAAGAGCUGUAUCACUCACUGAAUUAGUGUGUUUUGAGCAGUUGCUCACAGCAGGCUUCAACACGCCAAAGGUUGAUCCUGGUGUUCCAUGCAAUGACAUCUUGACAUGCAUAGUUGUUAGAAGACACUUUGAUUAUUUACUAUUGGCUUGGCUGUAGCUUUUAUUAGUAAAUGUGGAGAGAAGGUGAGGCCAACUGUAGUGUACUAAACCAAUCAUGAUUGAUACUUUCCCAGAAGGAAGAUUUGUCAAGUAAAGUGAUUUUUGAUCACAGGCUUUCACCUGUCUAAUAACAUGACACUAAAUUGCAAGAAUUGAACAAGAAUACCUGGUGUUGAACUUAUCCUUUUGUCAUGCUUUUGGAUGUUGUGCUCUUAUUUAUCAAAUUGAUUAAGUUGAAGCAGUCUAACUGUAUUUUUUUAAAUAGGUAUUUAAGAGCUGUAAUGUGUUUCAGUAUGGGUUUACAUGUUAAACAUGUAGACAAGCAUGUUACAUGAGUCAGAACCGACUGUCCAGGUGCAUAUAAAACUUCAUCUUCAUCAUCCAUUUUUAAUAUUAAAAGUUGCAUGGGUGUACAAGUUUAUGACAGAAAUCUUAAUAUUUUCCCUCAUGUAUUAGCCCAUUUUCUUGUCUAACAUAACAUAUUUCACACCAAACGUUACGUCCCAGGUAGCAAGUGAUAGAAUGAGAGGAAAUGGCCUCAAGGUGUGCCAGGAGAAGUUUAGAUUGAAUGUUGGGAAAAAUUAUUUUCAUGGAAAGGGUUGUCAGGCAUUAGGACAAGCUGCCCAAGAACAUAGUGUAGUCGUCAUGCCUGGAGGUGUUAAAAAAAAACAUGGAUAUGGCACUUAAGGACAUGGCUUAAUGGUGAACAGGGUGGUGGUGCUGCCUUGGUGUUGGUGAUCUUAGAGGUUUUUCCAAUCUUAACAAUUCUAUCGUCUGUAACAACAUUUCUUGGAGGAACUGGAAUUUAUGUGAAUGUUAAUACACCACGAAGCACAGGGCUGAUCAGCUACUCUGACUCUUAGGUCAUACAUGGAACUGAUACAACUUGACAAAAAAAUCUUCCAUUGGAUGGUAUUCUGGAUUGUGUACAUUAUCAAGUCACCAUUUCGGUAGUUUAGGAAUUAGUUUUAUUAGGAAUUUUGCCUUGGAAAAAAAUGUACCUAUUCUACAUAAUGAUGCAUUCUUGGCUUGCAUUCUUUAAAUAUGGCAUGAGUAUUGAUUAAAUACUGUACCUGUUAAUGAUCAGUCUUUCCCAGUCUGCUACUAAAUUUUUUUACUUCUGUCAGGAGGAAGAUCCUUUUUAAAGUAAUGAGUUAUGUGUCUGGAACACUGUUUUAGGGUGGUAAUAAUUUUGCCAUUCUGAGAGUCUUGAAGAGGAGAUGACUUUUCGCAUGGCUGUUUAAUUCUGUGCAUUCCUAAAACUUACACACAGAAAUUAAUCUCAUGUCUUCAUGCUCUAGUUUUUUUCUAAAUGUAUUCAAUAAAAUUCUUACUACAUGCUGGUUGCA